AUGGUCGUUGCUCACUGGGCCGGUCGAGGUGUGCCAUCCAGCGAGGCAUGUCAAGCUGGGUCUUAUCAUUACUGCUUUCGGGCCUCUCACCCGUACUUCGCACUGAAAAGUGGGCGGGGGCGCGAGGGUCCAGUGCGGUGGACUUUGGAUUCGGAAAAGACCCACGGGACUGAGGCAAAAUACAUUGCCACACCAUAUCCCUCCAGUUGUGUUUGGGACUGGGGCGAUGAUUUUGAGUUCCCGGCCACGGGCGAUGAAGCCGGCCGUCGACGCUUGAUUCACGAUGAUGCCAGUGAGGAUAGUAUUCUGUAG